CAAGCAGUUCGCUCCAUCAUCGCCAAGGAAAGUCAUUUGUGACUUGGUUGGGGUUUUGUUCGGGUUGUUGUUUACGAUUUACCGUUUUUCUUUAAAUCCUUUUUUUCUUUCUUCAAACAUUUUGUACCGUAUUGCAGAAUUCAGAGCCGUUUAUCUGCAGCUUGAGAGUCGCAGACAUGGCUCGAGGACAACAGAAAAUCCAAUCCCAACAAAAAAAUCAAGAGAAGAUGGCUAAAUUGAAAAAGCAACAAGGAUCAAGUCAAAUCGGGACAGCGGCGGCUGCACUGAAACACAGUUGUGCUGUUUGUAAGUCGCAAAUGCCAGAUGCGAAAACAUAUAAACAACAUUUCGAAAAUAAGCAUCCCGGAAAAGAGCUUCCUGCGGAAUUAAAAGACGUCCAGUGAGCCUGGUGCAAAGGAUUCUUCGAUUUCGAUUCCCUGCCGACGAUGGAUUCCAACUCAGUUUAUUUGUGGAUGCACGAAUGAGUGAGAAAUGUUUUUUGGUUCGACUUGCAUACUUUCCACAGCUAUAGUUCAUGCAAUCUCUGCUCAUUUCAGCUGUAAUGCUUCGAUUUGUUAGUCCACGAUAUGAUGCGAUUUGUACUAUAAUUACUGGCACUAAAUGUGGUAUUGAGCUAAUGAUUGUAGGUGAGAAAUUAUUCUAUGAUGUACGAGUACGUAAACGUAUGGUGAACUUUUAUGUUUUUUAAUAAACUGUCUUCUAAAGAAAUCUGUAUUUUGGGCCAGUACUGUAAUACAGUAUGACAAUGAUUUAGAAUGGAAUUAAUGAAUGGAACACUCCUGUUAUUUAAAAAGCUUUGUGAGAAAAAUCGGCAGGCCUGUAUCUAGUACUUCCAUUCAUUAGUACUUAAGCUCAAACUGAAAAAAUCAACAAUAAGCGACUUGGUUGAUACAAAGCUUGGAAAGAAUAAGAA